UUAAAAGAGACGACGAAAAAAUUACAUUUCAUGAUACGAUUAGUGAAAAAACUGAAAUGUAGUUGAAAUUUUUUUAAGAAAUUUUACUAAAACACAAUAAACCAGAAAAUUUUAUAAAUAAUAAUAAAAUUUUUUAAUAAAAGAAUUAAGUGCAAACGUAUUGAUAACGAUAAAAAGUGAUAUAAAAUGUCGACCACAUCGAUUGUGCAACAAUUUGUGACGGGGCUGAAGUCUCGGAAUCGCAAUGUGCAGAAUAAAGCGGCCCAGGAUUUGUUCCUCUAUGUUAAGACGGAGUUGCGGGAAAUGUCACAAGAGGAAUUGGUGCAGUUUUUCGAAGAUUUCAAUGAUCAAAUAUUCAGUAUGGUCAUGUCGACGGAUAUAAAUGAGAAGAAGGGCGGUGUGUUGGCCAUAAAAUGCCUUGUAAGUGGUGAUGUUAUAAAUACCAUGAAACGUAUUACAAAAUAUUACAAUCAUUUGCGUGAUUUAUUGCCCUGCAAUGAUGUGUCCGUAAUGGAAAUAGCUGCCCGUACCCUGGUGAAAUUGGCCAAUUUGCCGGGGUCCAAGGGUGCCGAAUCAUUUGAAUUUGAUAUAAAAAGAGCGUUUGAGUGGCUAAGUGGUGACAGACAUGAGUAUCGUCGCCAUGCUGCCGUUUUUAUACUGCGUGAAUUGGCCGUAGCCAUGCCCACCUAUUUCUAUCAACAAAUUUCCACAUUUUUUGAUCAAAUUUUCAAUGCCAUCUUUGAUCCCAAACCGGCUAUACGUGAAUCGGCUGGUGAAGCCUUGAGAGCUGCAUUGAUAGUCACCUCCCAACGUGAAAAUACCAAACAAUCCAGUGAACCUCAAUGGUAUAAAAUUUCCUAUGCUGAGGCUAUAAAAAGUUUCAAUGAAGAUCCAGCCUUGGUACAAAAAGAACCCAAAGGCAUGACCCGCGAUGAUCGUAUACAUGGCAGCAUGAUUAUUUUCAAUGAACUGUUUCGUUGUUCCAAUGCCAAUUGGGAGAGACGUUAUAAUACAUUAAAAGCUUUGUUGCCAGAUGCUUUAUCCUGUAAAUUGGGUGACGGUGCAAGUGUGACAUAUGUGGCGGGUGCUGGUGGCAGUGGUUCUGGCGGCAGUGGUCAUCAAUUGACCACUAUAGUGCCCAGACUAAAAGCUCCUUUCGUUAAGAAAUUGGGCUCUACACAUUUGGUGGAUUUGGGAGAGCAGCAUCAGGUUUCAAAUCAUAAAUUUAAUACGAGCAACAUUUUGGAAUCCUCUUAUGCCCGUGAAGUUAUCAUGGAACAUUAUACCAUCAUUUGUGAAAAUAUUAUAGAACAAAGAAAUUCCAAAUCAACUUAUGUUCAGCAGGCUCUUUUACAAAUUUUACCACGUCUAGCGGCUAUAAAUCGUGAAAUUUUCGUACAAAAAUAUUUAAAUAUUUGCAUCAAUCAUUUGCUUAUGGUGCUGAAGAGCAAAGAAAAAGAUCGCAAUAUAGCCUACAUAACAAUCGGUUAUAUAGCCGUCGCUGUGGAGAGUAAUAUUGACAAAUAUUUGAAAACCAUUAUGACGGCCGUCAAAGCGGCUCUGCCACCCAAAGACGCCACCAGUAAACGUAAAGCCGCCAUUGAUCCGGCCAUAUUUGCCUGCAUUACCCUGCUGGCUCAUGCUGUCAAGACCGGCAUUAAUAACGAUGUUAAAGAUAUAUUGGAGCAAAUGUUUUCGACUGGUAUAUCGCCUGCAUUGACGGUUUGUCUCCGGGAAUUAGCUGAUAAUGUACCGCAUUUAAAGUCAGCCAUAGCUGAUGGCUUGAUUGGUGUUUUAUCGCAAAUUUUAAUGAAUAAACCGAUUGGUUUGACCUACGGCAAUAUGAUGUCGGGUACAGGCUCUAUGGAUUCUUCAGUGAAUUUAUCACAGGAUGUGCCAACAAUUGUUUUGGCUUUGCGUACGCUGGGUUCGUUUAAUUUCGAGGAACAAAAUAUGUUGGAUUUUGUACAAAGAUGUGCCGACUACUACAUCAAUCACGAACAACAGGAAAUCCGCUUGGAGGCCGUACAAAGUUGUACCCGCCUGCUCAAAUUGGCAGUACAGUCAGCCGAUAGUUCGGAAAAUUCCAAAACUCUCAGUGACACAGUAUCUCAUGCUAUCGAACGUUUAUUGAUUGUAGCCAUCACCGAUAUGGAUUGUAAUGUAAGAGUACGUAUAUUACGCUCUCUCGAUGAAACUUUCGAUGCCGAGUUAGCACAACCAGAAUCCUUGAGUGCUCUCUUUAUCACUUUAAACGAUGAAAUAUUUGAAAUACGUGAACUAGCCAUGGUCACCAUAGGCCGAUUGUCGGCCAUGAAUCCAGCCUAUGUUAUGCCUAAGUUAAGGCGGGUCAUGAUACAAUUACUCACCGAGUUGGAGCAUUCGGGUAUGAGUCGCAAUAAGGAACAAAGUGCCAGAAUGUUAGAUCAUUUGGUCAUCAGCACUCCGCGUUUGAUAUCGUCCUAUAUGAAUCCGAUUUUAACAAUAUUGGUGCCGAAACUAAAAGAACCCGAGUCAAAUCCCGGCGUGGUGUUGAAUGUUUUAAGAGCCAUAGGAGAUUUGGCCGAAGUGAAUGGUGGUUCGAAUGAAAUGGAAAUGUGGGCUGAUGAUUUACUGUCUAUAUUGCUGGAAAUGUUGGGAGAUGCUGGUUCGCCCGAUAAAAGAGGUGUAGCCCUGUGGACACUGGGUCAAUUGAUUAGUGCCACUGGACGUGUGGUUACCCCAUACCACAAGUAUCCGGUAUUGAUAGAUAUUUUGAUAAACUUUUUAAAAACCGAACAGAGACGUUCCAUACGCCGCGAGACCAUACGUGUUUUGGGCUUAUUGGGUGCCAUGGAUCCCUAUAAACAUAAAAUGAACAAGGGUUUGAUAGACAGCCAAAAUGAUAGUGUUUUGAUUUCGUUAACAGAUUACAAGGUGGAAGAGAAUCAAGAUAUAUCCACUGCCGAAUUGUUAGUAAACAUGGGCAAUAUAUUAGAUGAAUAUUAUCCUGCCGUGGCUAUUGCUGCGCUCAUGCGUAUUUUAAGAGAUCCAACUUUAAGCAGCCGCCAUACCAGUGUCGUCCAGGCAGUCACCUAUAUUUUCCAAAGUUUAGGCAUUAAAUGUGUGCCUUAUUUGUCUCAAGUUUUACCCAGUCUUUUGGAGAAUGUACGCACUGCCAACAAUAAUUUAAGAGAAUUUCUGUUCCAACAACUGGCCAUUUUGGUGGAGAUUGUACGCCAGCAUAUUAUAACCUACAUGAAUGACAUUUUCAAAUUGAUUAAGGAAUUCUGGACCAACAAUACACCUUUGCAGUCGACGCUCAUCAAUUUAAUAGAACAAAUAGCUGUCGCUUUGGGGGGAGAAUUCCGCAACUAUUUGGCUCAACUUAUACCCCAGAUUCUACGGGUUUUGCAGCAUGACAAUUCCAAAGAUCGCAACGUUACCAAACGUUUGCUGCAGGCUUUAAAGAAAUUUGGCAACAAUUUAGAUGAUUAUUUGCAUUUGAUAGUGCCACCCAUAGUCAAGUUAUUCGAUUCGCCCUAUGUACCCCAGCAGGUGUCUAUGGUGGCCUUAGAGACCAUUGAUCAAUUGGCCUGGAAUUUAGAUUUUACCGAUUUUUCCUCACGCAUCAUACAUCCCUUGGUACGUGUCAUGGAUAACGAACCAGAAUUACGCGAUCAGGCCAUGUCCACCUUGUGUUCGUUGGUGAUUCAGUUGGGCAAAAAGUAUUUGGUAUUUGCUCCUUUAGUCAAUCGCACCAUCACAAAGCAACGCAUUGUUAAUGCUCAGUAUGAAAAGCUGCUGUCCAAGCUGCAAUCGAAUACCACCAUGUGCCUGGAUGAGGAGUUUUUGAUGAGACAAACUAAAUACAAAGCAAAUUCAGCCGCUAAUGCCAUGAGUGAUGCCAAUACCACCAUUAAGAAACUCAAUGUGUCCACGGCCCAGCUGUGCAUGGCUUGGCAGGUGAAUCGCCGAGUCUCCAAAGAUGAUUGGGUUGAAUGGCUGAAGCGUUUAUCUAUUGGCUUGUUAAGAGAAUCUAGAUCUCAUGCUCUGCGUGCCUGCCGUGUACUGGCCGAGGAUUAUGAUAAACUUUUGAGAGACUUAUUUAAUGCUGCCUUCAUUUCCUGCUGGACAGAACUGUCCACUGAGCACAAAAAUGAAUUGACCAAGUCUCUGAUACAAGCUCUACAGGUCACUGAUAUGCCCGAGAUUACACAGACUAUUUUGAACUUGGCGGAGUUUAUGGAACACUGUGACAAAGAUCCCAUAUUAAUUGAUCCCAAACUAUUGGGUACCCGCGCCAUGGCUUGUCGUGCUUAUGCCAAGGCCUUGCGUUAUAAAGAGGAGGAGUUUGUAAGCCACAAAGAUCCGCAUGUCUUCGAGUCAUUGAUUUUGAUUAAUAACAAACUGCAGCAGAAAGAGGCAGCCGAGGGUUUGCUUACCACUUAUCGCAAUGCUGUGGGAGGGGAAAAUUCUCGUUUUAAAGAUGAACUCAAGGUGCAGGGUAGAUGGUAUGAGAAAUUACACAACUGGGAUCAGGCUUUAAUACACUAUCAGCGCAAUUUGGGUCAAGAUAACAGUGAUAUGGAAUCUAGACUGGGUUCUAUGCGUUGUUUGGAGUCUUUGGGCGAAUGGUCACAACUCAGCCGAGUGGCCAAACAGGAAUGGGAUUCAUUUGGCAAAGAGGUUAAAUGUAAAGCAGGUCCUCUAGCCGCUGUGGCUGCUUGGGGUCUACAAGAUUGGGAGGCCAUGCAGGAGUAUGUUAGAUGCAUACCGGAAGACACACAAGAUGGUUCUUUCUAUCGUGCCGUUUUGGCCGUGCAUCAUGAUGAAUUUGAAUUGGCGCAACGUUUAAUCGAUGAGACCAGAGAUCUCUUAGACACCGAACUUACCUCUAUGGCAGGAGAAUCCUAUGAAAGGGCCUAUGGCGCCAUGGUGUGUGUACAAAUGUUGGCCGAACUGGAAGAAGUCAUACAAUACAAACUCAUACCCGAACGUAGAGAACCUUUGAAGUGCAUGUGGUGGAAACGUUUGCAGGGCGGGCAACGGUUGGUGGAAGACUGGCGCAGAAUUAUACAGGUUCACUCUUUGGUAGUGAGGCCACAUGAUGACAUACACACUUGGUUGAAAUAUGCUUCUCUAUGUCGUAAAUCUGGUUCGCUGCAGCAGUCACACAAGACUUUGGUCAUGCUGUUGGGCUCGGAUCCCAGUGAAAAUGUCAAGGAGCCGUUACCCUACAAUUUGCCGCAAGUUACUUAUGCCUACACCAAACACAUGGCAGCCUCCGACAACAUGCAGGGUGCCUAUGACCAACUUAGUCGUUUUGUCAACACCUACAGCAACCAGCUGAGCUGUAUUCCCGAUACCGUGUAUAAACAAGAAGAUCAUCGUCUUUUGGCUAGAUGUUACUUGCGUUUGGCUAUUUGGCAAAAUAAAUUGCAAGGCCUAGAACCAGAUGCUGUCCAAGGAUCUUUGGAAUGUUUCGAAAAAGCCACCGACUAUGAUCCCAAUUGGUACAAGGCCUGGCAUUUGUAUGCCUACAUGAAUUUCAAAGUGGUGCAAGCUCAAUCUUUGGAAAAUAUCAAAUCACCCAUAGAUCUACACAAUGGUGUCAAUUUGCUGGAAAAAGAGAAAAUGACUAUAGAACAAUAUGCUGUGCCUGCGGUUCACGGUUUCUUUAGAUCCAUUAGCUUGAUUAAAGGCAAUUCCUUGCAGGAUACUUUACGUUUGUUGACUUUGUGGUUUGAUUAUGGCCAUCACUCGGAAAUUUAUGAUGCUCUGCUGUCGGGCAUGAAAGUGAUAGAGAUUAAUACUUGGCUGCAGGUUAUACCCCAGCUAAUAGCACGCAUAGACACCCAUCGCAAUCUGGUGGGCCAACUGAUACACCAGCUGUUAAUGGAUAUAGGAAAAUAUCAUCCCCAGGCUUUGGUCUAUCCCCUGACAGUGGCUUCCAAAUCGGCAUCGGUGCCGCGUAAAAAUGCGGCCUUUAAAAUUUUAGAUUCCAUGCGCAAACAUUCUCCCACUUUGGUGGAGCAGACCAUGAUGAUUAGUGAGGAAUUGAUUAGAGUGGCCAUAUUGUGGCAUGAACAAUGGCAUGAGGGUUUGGAAGAGGCCUCACGUUUAUACUUUGGCGAUCGCAAUAUCAAGGGUAUGUUUGAAAUCUUAGAGCCUCUACAUGCCAUGCUCGAGAGAGGACCACAAACCCUCAAAGAAACCUCCUUUUCGCAGGCCUAUGGCCGGGAAUUGACUGAGGCCUAUGAAUGGACCCAAAGAUACAAAUCUUCGAAUUCUCUCAUGGACUUAGAUCAUGCCUGGGACAAUUAUUAUCAUGUAUUCCAAAAGAUAUCGCGACAAUUGCCUCAACUAACAUCCUUGGAAUUGCCCUAUGUCUCGCCCAAACUGUUGGCCUGCAAAGAUUUAGAGUUGGCAGUACCAGGCUCCUAUAAUCCGGGACAGGAAUUGAUUAGAAUUAGUUUUAUAAAAACCAACUUGCAAGUCAUUACCUCCAAACAAAGACCGCGCAAAUUGUGCAUCAGGGGUUCGAACGGCAAGGAUUACAUGUAUUUGCUAAAGGGUCAUGAAGAUUUAAGGCAAGAUGAACGUGUCAUGCAGCUGUUCUCGCUGGUAAAUACGCUGCUGCUGGAUGAUCCCGAUACGUUUAGAAGAAACUUGGCCAUACAACGUUAUGCCGUCAUACCGUUAAGCACAAAUUCGGGCCUUAUAGGCUGGGUGCCACAUUGUGAUACUUUACACACCCUCAUUAGGGAUUACAGAGAUAAAAAGAAGGUGCCUCUUAAUCAGGAACAUCGCACUAUGCUGAGUAUUUCCCCUGACUAUGAUCAUUUGACUUUAAUGCAAAAGGUGGAGGUGUUCGAAUAUGCUUUAGAUCAAACACCUGGUGAUGAUUUAGCCAAGCUACUGUGGCUUAAGUCGCCCUCCUCCGAAGUAUGGUUUGAAAGACGCACCAAUUAUACCCGCUCUUUGGCGGUCAUGUCUAUGGUGGGCUAUAUUUUAGGUCUGGGCGAUAGACAUCCCUCCAAUUUGAUGUUGGAUCGCAUGAGUGGCAAAAUAUUGCAUAUCGAUUUUGGUGAUUGCUUUGAAGUGGCCAUGACUCGAGAGAAAUUCCCCGAAAAAAUACCCUUCCGUUUAACUCGCAUGCUUAUCAAGGCCAUGGAGGUGACCGGCAUUGAGGGCACCUACAGACGCACCUGUGAGAGUGUUAUGCUGGUGCUUAGACGCAAUAAAGACUCUCUAAUGGCUGUCUUGGAGGCCUUUGUCUAUGAUCCCUUACUCAACUGGCGUUUGUUGGAUACUGAGGCGAAAAAUCAUCGCACCAAAAAUGCCAACAACUCGGGCGGUGGCAUGGCUGGAGGUGGCAAUACCGGCAGUUUGAGUAAUUCCAUUGAUGACAAUAUCUUACACAGCAAUACUGCCACUAAGUCUAAAGUCUACGAUAAUCAAUUUCUACUCGCCCACAUGGCCAAUACCACAAAUGCCGAUAUCACCAACAGCAAGGCCAGCAAAGUCAUCAAACGGGUGAAGCGCAAACUUACCGGCAGCGAUUUUCUCACCCAAACCAGUUACACCGUACAACAGCAAGUCGAUCUGCUUAUACAGCAGGCCACCAACAAUGAGAAUUUGUGCCAGUGCUACAUCGGCUGGUGUCCAUUUUGGUAAUUUCAUCUUAGUUUUAAUUCUUUUUUAUAACACACAUUUUUUGCUUUUAAGGCUACUUUAUUUUUUUUUUAUUACCCCACAACUCCUUAUAUGUUUGGCUUUACUCUUUUUUUUAUAUUUACUUCUUUCUCUUUUAAUUAACAAUUCUAUUAAUUUAUAUAUGAAAAAAACAAAACAAAAAAAAAAAACUAUUGAAUUUUAAUUUAUAAGUUUAAUAUACAAAAUUUAUCCUUAAACGUACAUAUUUGUAUGAAUGUAACUUCUAUUCAUAUACAUUUAUGUAUUAAUUUACUUUAUAUACUUUAUUAUAAAUAUAUAGUAGCUACAUAUUUGUUAAGAAUUAAAUUUUCUUUAUUUACACGUUUUUCUUCUUCUUAGAAUUUUAAGUUUAUUUUACUUUUAUUAAAUAAACCGCUUAAAGUAAACAUUUAUGUUAAAUAACAAAAACAUUAAAUAGUUCUUAAGAAACUUAAUAUGAGUAAUAAAAUAAAAAUUAUUAAAAAAUAAAA